UUGAAGAGAACAAAAAGAAUGUGUAAGUCGUGCCCAUAAAAUAUCUCCAAUAUGAAACCCUUCCUUCCUUCCAACCCCCUGUACCACUUCAACAAGUCAGAGACAGCCUAGAACAUCUAGAAAAUACCAUACAGCGUUUCAAUCGGUGACGUCACUCGCUCUGAGACCUUGAAGUAGUAGUUCCCCUUUGCUCUGCAAGGGCCGCGGCUUUUGUGGAGCGAAGGGUAACGAUGCUUCGUGGGUGACUGUUGUUGAUGUGUGCAGAGGGUCCCUGGUUGGCGCCCGGGUAUGGGCGAGGGGACGGUCUAAAGUUAUACUCUGAAGGGAAUAUGGUGACAUUUUGUUUGCCCUGUGGCAUUAUGAAUCGCAAACAAUUAAUGAUUAUAUUAUUUUCAAUGAUGUUAUAUAUUGUAUAUCCUUAAAGAGAUUCUCCACUACUCUUGUAUACUUUGUGCACUUAGUUCUGAAAGUAGUUCUCAUGAGCCAAAAGUGGUCCCCGAAACUGCUGAUCAUGUUUAAUAUCUUUAGUCUGUUCCUAUUUAGAUGUUACUAGUUCUAGGUGACAGGAAGCAGUCCUCUGGGGAAAGGGUUCUAGGUGACAGGAAGCAGUCCUCUGGGGAAAGAGUUCUAAGUGACAGGAAGCAGUCCUCUGGGGAAAGAGUUCUAGGUGACAGGAAGCAGUCCUCUGGGGAAAGAGUUCUAAGUGACAGGAAGCAGUCCUCUGGGGAAAGAGUUCUAAGUGACAGGAAGCAGUCCUCUGGGGAAAGAGUUCUAAGUGACAGGAAGCAGUCCUCUGGGGAAAGAGUUCUAAGUGACAGGAAGCAGUCCUCUGGGGAAAGAGUUCUAAGUGACAGGAAGCAGUCCUCUGGGGAAAGAGUUCUAGGUGACAGGAAGCAGUCCUCUGGGGAAAGAGUUCUAGGUGACAGGAAGCAGUCCUCUGGGGAAAGAGUUCUAAGUGACAGGAAGCAGUCCUCUGGGGAAAGAGUUCUAGGUGACAGGAAGCAGUCCUCUGGGGAAAGAGUUCUAGGUGACAGGAAGCAGUCCUCUGGGGAAAGAGUUCUAAGUGACAGGAAGCAGUCCUCUGGGGAAAGAGUUCUAAGUGACAGGAAGCAGUCCUCUGGGGAAAGAGUUCUAAGUGACAGGAAGCAGUCCUCUGGGGAAAGAGUUCUAAGUGACAGGAAGCAGUCCUCUGGGGAAAGAGUUCUAAGUGACAGGAAGCAGUCCUCUGGGGAAAGAGUUCUAAGUGACAGGAAGCAGUCCUCUGGGGAAAGAGUUCUAAGUGACAGGAAGCAGUCCUCUGGGGAAAGAGUUCUAGGUGACAGGAAGCAGUCCUCUGGGGAAAGAGUUCUAGGUGACAGGAAGCAGUCCUCUGGUGAAGGAAUUUGCAAUGAAACGUUUCAUAUUUUAGUAUGAAACAGUGUUGAAUGGAAUCAAGUUGACAUGCUGAACCAUCUUUCAGCAUUCUAACAUAAAACUUAACAUGACAUUGUGGGGGACCUCGGUUCCCAUAGCAACAACGGUGACAUGUUAUACAGAAAGAAGGUAGUGUAUCUGCCUUUUGGAAUGGCUCCCUAUUUCAUAUAUAGGCCCACAUAGGGUUCUGGUCCAAAGUAGUGCACUACAUAGGGUUCUGGUCCAAAGUAGUGCACUACAUAGGGUUCUGGUCCAAAGUAGUGCACUACAUAGGGUUCUGGUCCAAAGUAGUGCACUACAUAGGGUUCUGGUCCAAAGUAGUGCACGACAUAGGGUUCUGGUCCAAAGUAGUGCACUACAUAGGGUUCUGGUCCAAAGUAGUGCACUACAUAGGGUUCUGGUCCAAAGUAGUGGACUACAUAGGGUUCUGGUCCAAAGUAGUGCACGACAUAGGGUUCUGGUCCAAAGUAGUGCACUACAUAGGGUUCUGGUCCAAAGUAGUGCACGACAUAGGGUUCUGGUCCAAUGUAGUGCACUACAUAGGGUUCUGGUCCAAAGUAGUGCACGACAUAGGGUUCUGGUCCAAAGUAGUGCACUACAUAGGGUUCUGGUCCAAAGUAGUGCACGACAUAGGGCUCUGGUCCAAAGUAGUGCACGACAUAGGGUUCUGGUCCAAAGUAGUGCACUACAUAGGGUUCUGGUCCAAAGUAGUGCACUACAUAGGGCUCUGGUCCAAAGUAGUGCACUACAUAGGGUUCUGGUCCAAAGUAGUGCGCUACAUAGGGUUCUGGUCCAAAGUAGUG